UUUAUGAUUAUCUGUUUUGUUUACAAAACAGAGAUUUGAAUUGAAAAUCAAAACACUUCCCUUUAAACUUCUUCUAAAUUCCUAAAAAUGAUGUGUGAGGGCUGCAAAACAUAUAUGUCCUUAGUAGAAAUUGAUAAGGAUCGAUUUUAUUGGACUGAACAAUUAAGCCGAACUAAUACAGAAUUACACAAGAAAAUUAUAUACUUAAGUAGUUACAUAUCCAUUUUGGAAAAAAAAAUUGCCAACUUGAAUGAAAUAAUAUUAUUGAAAGACAUAUCAUUUGCUUCUCGGUGCAUUGAACAUGAAAAGGAAAAUUUAGAAAACUUGACUUUCAAUAAAAGCAAGAAAGAUAUUGAUCUUAUCCCUAACCAUUGCCUAAGGAAGCUCAAAACCCUAUGUAUUCAAUUGAACAACAUCGUUGAUGAUUUCCAAAUGGAGAAAAGUAAAUUUUCCAAAAUUCUGCAGAACAAAGAGAAGCAAUUGAUUGAAAAUUCAAAUUAUCUUCAAGAAAUGGUAGAAACUUAUAGGGAACACUUAUUCAGAGAGAUGACCAAAUAUAAUAAUUUGAAAAGAUGGAUUUAUGAUGAGCUACAUGUUGUAAGAAAAGUCAGUGAUGAAUAUAUCAGAACAAAUAUUGAAGAAAUGGAGAAAAAACUCAAUGAUAAGAUUCGAAGCAAAUAUAAAACGACAUUGCAACAUGGAAAUACGCAAAUCAAACAACAAGAUGAACUUAUAAGGAAAAUGCAAAUUCAUAGAAGAGAGUUAUAUUCCCUUCUCAAGGAAGAAAAGCUCAAAAGGAAUGAAUUGAAAGAAAAAUAUGAGCAUACUUUGGAUGAAGUGAAAAUGCAAAUAAGAAGGCUUAAGCAGAAGAACCAACAUAUGGAAACACUUUUACGUCUUAAGUCAUAAUUGACUGCAAGGUGCUUUGAAUGCUACAUUUUAUGGAUAUCACAAAAAAGAUUUUUUUUAUAUCUAUAUAUAUAUAUAUACAUAUAUUCCUAUAUAUACCUCAUUCAUAGGUACUUAAUUGAUUAUUUUUGUAUGUAUAUAACCUGCUUUGAAUGGAAAAUUUUAUUUCUUGAA